GGUGUGGACAGGUGUGUGUUCACCUUCAUGGAUGGAAAGUUCUGCACGAGCCGAACAAUGACUGGCUGCAGUUUAAUGUGGGACGGUUUAUGCAGGAUUAAUCCAGCUGGACGCUGAUGAUGUGUGUGUGUGUGUGUGUGUGUGUGUGUGUGUGUGUGCGGCGCACAGCUGGAGAUAUUGCGCAACAGAGGAAAUCAGUGACUCCAAAUCCCAAAAUGCCGAGCUGUGGAUAGAGGGGCUGCCCUGAGGGUCGAGCUGACCAGUGUCUACCUCCUUGCACCUCCUCUCCUCAUCAUUUCCUAGUUCCUUGUCCUCCCUUCUUUACUUUGUGUCCCCCCUCUUCUCCCCUGCACCACUACCAGUCUCUAACACCACCUUCCUCCUCCUCCUCCUCUUGUCGUCAUACCUCCCUCCUGUCCUCUCUUCCUCCCUUGUUGUACCCACCACAUCCUCCUCUUCCUCCCCCCCACAGCACACAUGCAGGCUAAGAAGCGGUACCUGCUCGUGUCUGUGGGGGCCGGUCUUCUCUUCCUCAUCUACCUGUGGGGUCUGCAAAUCGGGGACUUCCAGCAGCAGCCAUACCAGUACAACCAGUUUCCCCAGUACCCCCAAUACCACCAGCAGGAAUAUCAGUACUACCACCAGGGCCAGGACGUGUACCAGCCACAGCCCUUGCCCCAGAGAAGCCCGUCCAGACCCCCCAGGCACUGGCUGGGGUCGACCCAGCUGCUGGAGCCGUACCUGGAAGGGGGAGAGCAAGAGGAGGACAGCCCUCAGCUCCAUCACCAGCACACCUCGCCCCGAGAACGUCGUGCGAUCCGCGACAACAUCUACAAGAACAAGCGCUGCCGCAUGGAAACCUGCUUCGACUUUGCUCGCUGUCAGUCGGGAUUCAGGGUUUACAUCUACCCUCCUCAGAGAGGGGACGAGAUCUCCGAGACCUACCAGAAGAUCCUGUCGUCAAUCGAGGAGUCUCGCUUUCACACCACGGACCCUUCUCGGGCCUGUCUUUUCAUUCUCGCCGUGGACACGUUGGACAGGGACCAGCUCUCGGCUCAGUACGUCCAGAACGUCAGGCUCCGCAUCCAGAGCUUGCCGAUGUGGAACGAUGGCAGGAACCACCUCAUAUUCAACCUCUACUCUGGCACCUGGCCGGACUAUACAGAGGAUCUUGGCUUUGAGGUGGGACAGGCAAUGCUGGCCAAGGCAAGCGCAGACGUGGUCAACUUCCGACCCAACUUUGAUAUCUCCAUCCCUCUGUUCUCCAAGGAUCACCCGCUAAAAGGAGGGGGCAUAGGUUAUCUGACACUCAACAAUGCACCGCCCUCCAGGAAGUACCUGCUGGUUUUCAAAGGGAAGCGAUACCUAACUGGCAUCGGUUCUGAGACGAGGAAUGCUCUGUAUCACAUCCACAACGGGGAAGAUAUUAUUCUGCUGACCACAUGUAAACAUGGCAAAGACUGGGAGAAACACAAGGACUCUCGUUGUAACAGGGAUAAUGAAGAAUACUCAAAGUAAGACAAUGCUUUUUGAUCCUAUCUUGUUUACGCUGCUGCUGGCUGUGCUUUGAUUUCCAUUUGAAAAGAGGUUCAGCGCUCUGAAGAUCUAUCAAUUAAGAGGAUUUAUUAGAGACUCGCGUAGCCCGUCUCACAUUUGUAGUCUUUUGCUGGCGUCUUCAUCACUGCUGAGUUGGUUUGUCGACAGCCUGCAUUUUAGCAGACAUUAGCUCUGUGGCAGCUAUCUCAUUAUCGGCUCUUAUUUGCUGCCGGUUGUUUCGAAUGCAGUGUGUUUGUACAUCAUUACAUCACAAGUGCUCGUUGUGUUUGUUGUGCAGAGAUGUCGCCGCUGUCGAUCUUUACAAACGUAGUUUAUUGGCUUGGAAACUCUCCUGCUCCAGAGCGUUGUGGACUUGCUGCUGCUGCUGCUGGUCUUCUGUAUUUGAAUGAAACAGGUUGGACACUUUCAUGUGCAUAUUUUCACAAUUGUCAGGGGAGUUGAGCGUCACUGUCGCUGUGCUCCUGAGACAAAAUGCUACGAAAAUGCGAGCGCAUGCUGCUGUAAGUGUGUGUACUGUACCUAGUGUGUAUGAAUGUGUGUGUGUGUGUGUGUGUGUGUGAGAGGAGCAGGAGAGCAGAGAGACGGUGACUGUUGAGAAAAGGAAAGUUUUGUCAGCUCAGCAGUUGGUCGAGAGAAAAGUGAUCCGAGCCGGCGAGGGGGAGUUCACCUUUUUUGAAAAAUAGUUUUUAGUGAGAGCUGGCAGCUGAAAGAAAUGGAACCAUUGCAUGUGGAGUGAAAUGGAAACAACAUUCUCUCUCAGCUUCUCUCGCUUUUUCCUGGAUAUGUUAGCCCCAGAGUCAUCUGUUGCAUAUUUUAAGGUUUAGAUUUUGGUGAGACCCAAAGGAAAACCAGCGUGUAUCCAGGAUCCUGCCAAGUUCUGCCAAACAGCAGCUGGGAUUUUACAGCGAGCACCUGCUCGGGUGUCGUCUGCAAAUCCAGCUCCAUUGUAGCGCCUCUAUAUCGGAAUUUAAACAAUGACUUUGAGUGUAAACGCUGAUUUUUAGCUUUGACUGUGUUGCAGAGGGUUUACGUCAUAUCGGUGUAGGUUAGUCUGGCAGGACAACGAUCCCAAACAUACAACAACAGAGUGGGUAUUUAGCACAAGACCGUUCAGAGUCCCUGAAACGAGCUGCAAGGCCUGGCUGGGGAAGAAUCUGUGUUUCCAGGGGUUAAAGACUUCAGACAAUCCGGAGUUUCCCUCGGGAACAGGUGGCAGAAACAAAGGUCUCCACAAAGCAGCAAAACAUCAAUAAUGUCUAACUCUAAACUCGCUUUAACUUGAGGCAGAUCAUCUUUUAGUGCUAUUGCACGAUUUGUGAAGAUUCAUUUUGUAGAUUACUAUUAUUGUUCUCAGGUUUAGAGAACUGGCAUAAUUGAAUUAUUGAUAAUUGUUUUUAUUUUGUUAUGUCACUGUAUUGCCUGUAAUAUCAGUUACUUGAUUGUUAAGACUGGUGGAGUGACAUGAAGUUAAACCUUGUCGUGAUGUGUCACACAUGUUGGUCAGUGUUCAGUUGUCCUACCGUUGACACGGACAUUAAAGUGACCACGUUACGCAGAA